ACGAACCAUGCGCACCUCUAAUGUCCAGCUCCCUACCGAGCUCGUCGAGUGUAUCAUUCUGGAAAUUUGGAACUCUGAGCAUCCUUCAGAUGAACGGAUCACCUUCAUGACGGCAUGCCCCCUUAUCAACAGCGUGUGGAAGGAUGUCUUCGCACGUAUUACUUCUCGAGACAUCUACGUCCCAACCGUUGCAUAUCUAUUCUAUCUCAGCUCUAUCAUCUAUCUCGAUAAUUCUGCAAUCUAUCCCACCUCUCUCCCCGAUUCUACCCGCACCAUAACUUGUUAUGUUGAUCUCAUUAAAUCGACGGAAGACGCCGCGAAGGAACCGUAUUCAGCGUUCUGCAGCCUGCCCAAUUACAUCGGUUUUCGCAAGUGCUUUCCCAACAUUGAGCGAAUCAAUCUUGAGAUCAAGUUUCGCAUCGGAUGGCAUCGGCACUUUUUGUAUCAUCACCAGCUCUUCCAAACUCGCGUUUCUAUAAUCCUCGAGCAUGCAAAUGCACAGCUGUGCAGGCUGCUUGUUGACUGGAGUAUCGUUGUAGAUGAUCCACCAUAUGUUGAAGAAGUCGGUUUCGCUCUCCGAAGAUCAUGGACCACCAUUCUUUCAGAGAUUACUUUUGACAUGGUGCAAUGUGGCCGAAACUUUACGCCAAUAUGGUUCACAAGAUCAAUAUAUUCUGCGGUAGAUGGUUCGGUAUAUCAAGGGGGGGCACGCCAUUUUCAUAGUCAGAUUUUUAUCAGAGAGUCAAAGGGUGACCUGCGGGAUAUCAAUUAUCGCUUCAGGAAGGCCGCCCGAAGAUCUUGGAGUCUGAAAAACAUCUUUUCCGGAAUUCGCGAAGACCUGGAAUUCAUAUUUAACUCAGAUAACGUGACUGAAAGUCGCGCUUGGGAUUAUAUUCUGACGCAAAAAAAGCUGAGCAUUUUUCAAUGAAGACUACGACGUGGAGGCAGUUCGAGUUUAUCCGACUCGGUCCCCCUAUUCUAGUCCAUGCGUCCCUAAUGUCCGGCUCCCAACCGUUGAGCUCAUCGACGCGCUCCCUCAUCAACCUUGCCUCUUAGUCAAAAGAACGUUGAUUUCUCUGGAGCUGUAAAGCUUGUGAUUGAUAUUAUCACUGGGCUAAGGGUGUACAUCCAUAAUUGCUCUGUAUGUAGUACGGCGCUAUUACAUUUUGGAUUAGCUGCAGAAUCAUGAGUUGAAUUUCUCCUUGAG